CGAUGCACUUCCCCUUUAACCUCGGUCCUCUAUGCCGUCUGUGUAUUGUUGUUGAUGAUGAUCGAUCGAUGAUGAUGAUGAAGUGCGUUGCUUGACUUCUGCUACGGUAUCAUACUAUGUUUGCUACCACACCUAGGCUUCAGUAGCUAUUUUUUGUUAGUGCAGAACUUCAGAAGUGAAGAGACACAUGAAUGGGGGGCGCUGCGUCCGAGGUAGAUCUACGAGUACUACUACUAGCACGUAGCAGCCUCAUCCAUUGCCCUCAAAGGGCUUAAUGACCAUUUUGUUGCUUAGUUAGUGGGUUCGGUCUAUGUAAUGGGAGCGAGGGAGCAGAUCGUAGGUCGAGAUCUACCAUUCGGACUCGAGUGACGAUGUUGUGUGCACCUGCUGGGGGUGGUAUGGAGAGUUCCUCCGGUCCAUCGUAGCGAAGCGGGCUCUGCCGAAGCACCAUGGUUUGGUUUCGCUACGAAGAUGAUUCGACGAAAACUGUUCGCCUGGCUCUUGGUCGUGAGCGUUCUCGUACUUGCCAGCUACGUCCUGUGGCUAAAUAAAUCCGAGACGAAUAGCAAGAAAUCAAAACUGCAGCAGAUUGUCGAAUUAUCACUAGGUAGAACCUUGGGCGGUGUGUGGGCGGCCGCAUCGGAGCCGUCGCAGUGUGUCGGUGCGAACGGCGGGCGUCAGCAGCACCAUCGUUAUCUGGUAGUACACAGCCGCUCUCGGGCUGCAUCCGGACAGGCCAGACGAGCGUGGGAUAUACUUCGCAGCGUCGCAUCGUCCGGCCCGCACCACAAACCUACCACGACCACCACAACUGGCCGCAACCCAAGUUCUACUGAUGCAGUAUCCGUGGCUUUCUUACCCAGCUUGGCAGCGUGUUAUACAGACAUCGACACGAUCAUCCAUAAGCAGCUGCUGGAUACUAAUCUAAACAGUAUACGCUAUCUUCACAUCAUACUCAUUAUACCGGAUUCUAUAGACUUAGUGUUCACCGUGUAUCAUGAGCUAAGGAGCAAUGGAAAUUCCGAUGCAGGGUCCGACACCAUUGGUCAUAGUCAUCUUGGGCAGCACACAGCGGAGAGCCUUCACGACUGGGCAAACGGGCAGCUGACGGCGACGUCUGAGUCAUGCUUGCUGAGCAAUGCCACGCGAACCAGUGACACACGGUGCUGUCUCGGGGAUAGUGCGUAUGCAACGGAUCAACCCACGUCGAUCAUUGAGGCCAGCUUCUCUGCGCAGCUGAGACGCUGGCAACAAUGCGCCAAUGACAUUCUCAACGGACAGCAGCGGGGCAGCCAGUCUCGUAUUUCCGUCUCUCAACUGCCGGUCGGCACUACGGAUGCUGGCCAUCCAAUUUCUUCUGUCCCGCCGGCUGCCACGGAUAGCUACAAACACAUGCUGGAAUCCCUGUGUUUCUCCUAUAAUGGUGAUGUGGACAACCAACAGGCCAUAGCAAGGUUGUGGACGAACACCAGCCGACUGCCCCUGCAUCCCGCCACGGUAUGGGACCAUCAGACGUGGGAUCUGCAGAUGCACUCGCGCCUGUCGCGCUUCUUCGAGAAGUUCAACUCGUCGCGCGCGUCCGUCCGCGCCGUCCUGGAGGAGACGUCGCUCGACCACGACAUCUGGGUGCGGUCGCUGAAGCAAGCGGCGGCUAACUGCUCGACGGGCAACCGCACCGUGGUGGUGGUGUUCUGUGAGGUGGCGUACGCUCGCAUUUUGCUAAACUGGAUGGUGUUCUACUCUCGUCUGCGUGCCCAGAAUACUGACUUGCCACCGGUGUUAGUCAUCACGCCCAGUCCUGACCUGCACCGGUUCCUGUCGCGCUUCUACCCGUGUUCACUGUUCCUGUCGCCGAUACCGUCGCUCAACAUGGCGGCGGCGUUCUGGAAGACCCGCCUGCGCGUCUUCCUGUGGCUGAGCCGCUGGCUGUACACCGUGAUUCACUCGGACGUUGAUGCCGUGUGGAUGCGCAACCCUGUGCCGCUGUUUUUGGAUCGUCUGAACGGCACCACCGCCGCCGUCAAGGCACGGUUUCUGUUCAGCCGCGAUAUCUACCCGGGCGAGCAGAAGGAGAAGUGGGGCGCCACGGCGUGCAUGGGACUGCUGGCGUACAGAGGAGGCCGCAAGACCAGCAAAACCUGGAUGAGAGCAAUGCAGAAAUUCGUUCAGUUCAAAGACGACCAGCGCACCAUCAACAGCAUAUUAGAUGACGGCUCGCUUGCCUUUGACAAGAAGCAGGUGCUGCUUGAGCAGCCUGAGCAGGCGCCACUCCAAUGGACGUGCGCGCACACUGACGUCCACAAGUACAGCGUGUGCCUGAUGCCGCAGAAGCUGGCCGUCCGUCACUGCAUGAACGUCGCCAGCUUCGAGCAGUACUUUGUUGCCCACUGUCACAGCAGCAAGCAGGGUGGCUCCAAAGAGUCCAUGCUGAGACAGAAGGAUCUGUGGAGGCUGACUGCAGACAUUCAGCCCAUCGAUAUCACACAGGAUAGAGCAACGCUCUCUCGCGCGGACGCCUCGCUGAUCUUUCAUGCCGAGCCGCCUUGAGCUGCCUCACUCGCUAGCCAUUCCCAGGGUUUUCCCCAAGGCAAGCUGCUUGAGCACUAGUCACUAUGAUGAUGAAAGGCAUUGCAUGCACAUGCAUGCACACUAGUGGCACAUGCAGUGGGUGUCAACAUCGCCGAUUCGGCACAGCCAGAUGAUGUGAUUGCCGCCGAGGAGUUCGGAAAGAGAUGCCGCCUGUCGCUGCACAGAAUGAGUGCACAUCCGGAACUAACGGUACAAGUUUGGACUGGGCUCUUGUAGUGACCGGCAGUACAUGGAUUUGUAGAACUCAUGGUGUCAGCCAUGGAUUUGAGAGCAUUCCCUAACUAAUGUUCCACGAUCUCAUUUGAAGUUUCCAUACUUCGAUUAGAUUUGAAAUGACUCGUAUCGGAAACAAAUCUGACUUGGUGGAAAUAUGGAGACCUGUUCACUGUAGUAGCUGUAUGACUAUGAGUAUCUAGUAGUGCACUGCCAGUGUUGUCGAACGGUGCUAUAGCUGCCCAGUGACAACUGGCCAUGCACUGCGGCACAUUCUGCACCAUGUGACUGUAACAGAACGCUGGUGCCUGGACCGCCUGGAUGCCGGCAGUGCAGCGCUGUGCAACCUGUAUUCAAGUGCAACUCGCGGUAAAGCAGCUCAAGCACCCAUCAUGUACAUGCACAUUGUAGCCUGGAUUGCGAUUCCAGAGCGAGUGGUCAUACCUCGGUUAUCCCGGGUCAGUCCAGGACCGGGCGCUGCCCGUCCCUCCGAAACGCAAUUUUAACGCAUACAUGUUGAUGGGGAAAGCCAUAGAUAAUGGCAUAUCACGGCACUAUUUCCACAAAGGGACAAAGAACAGUAAUAUUUCCACUGAAACUCGCCAAAGGGUGCCUGAAAAGCCAUAGAUAUAACGUCAUGCACUAUUUCCACAAAAAGGGACACAGAGCAGUAA